AUGGCCUUUGACGCUGAAACUUUCAAGUUCGAAACCCCACAAUUCGACCCAAGAUUCCCUCACCAAAACCAAAGUAAGCACUGUGCUCAAGCAUACGUUGACUACCAUAAAUGUGUUAACGUUAAAGGUGAAGAAUUUGAACCAUGUAAAAUUUUCUUCAAGACUUUCACAUCAUUAUGUCCAGUCGAUUGGGUUGAAAAAUGGGAUGAUCAAAGAGAUGUUGGUAGAUUCCCAAUCAAGUUAGAUUAG